CGGUUACAACCUUGCUUUACAUAUCUCACUAUUUUUAUCUGCUUCGCUUCCAAUCCCACCCAACUUCCACCUGUUAUCGGCUGUCAAUGGCAAACCAUUGACAAACUCAUUAUCUAAUAAUGUGUAACCUCUCUGCAUAGUACCAGUUUUUUUUUUUACUUUACGUAGAGACUAGAAUUCCCAACGAAGAUUUUUCUUCUCCAUUUCAUCCGAAUUCGAAGUUUUUUGAAAGGCCAGCUUAAAAAUUAAACUUUGAUAUUAAAUACUAAUUUUGGUGGUGUUAUACUUUGUAAGUGCCUUCUGGAAUAAAAAAUUUCCCCCAGCAGAGCAGCCAUGGCGCCGUGAGAAUAUAUUUUAACUCUAGACUACAUUUAAAAUGAGUUGUUCAGUUGAACUGAGACAACGCAGACAUCAAGGGAUGACAGAUGAUCCUCACAGACUAGCGGCUAUAAUGAAUAAGUCCCAGAGGCUUGUUCUAGGUCUGUUGGUUCUACUGUUGGUUGAUAUUAUUUGGGUGUCCAGUUCUGAGCUGACCAAAUACAUCUAUCGAGAAGCUGCCUUUGAGAAGCCAUUUUUCAGUACAUAUAUUAAAACUUCAAUGUUUACGUUAUACCUGCUCGGUCUAUGUUUUUGGCCCCCAUGGCGGGACCAAUGUAACAAACCUGCAACUUAUAUGUUUAUAGAUCCUAAUAUAGAAGACGACAAUUUUUAUGCGGAAGCUAACACAAGCCUGAGUGAUCCUACCUUUGUACCAAUAAAAACACUUGAACACUGUGAUCGUUCCUCUGGAACAGAAAGUGACGAUUCUUCAAUACGUUCUGUGAGGUUCAGCAAAUUAGCAGAAGUUCGACAUAUGUCCGAAUGUGAUGCCACAGAGGCUCUAUUAGCUAGGCUUAGUUAUCAAGCAAGUGUGAGAGCAGGCGAACAUGCUAAGAGGCAAGCAAACAAAUUCUCUGUGCAAAAAGUUGCUAAAAUUGCGCUAAUGUUUUGCCUAUUGUGGUUUAUGGCAAAUUAUACCUAUCAAAUUUCGCUGGCUGAAACUGAAGCUGGAAUUGUAACAGUAUUGUCUUCUACAUCUAGUUUAUUCACACUAUUACUCGCUGCAGUAUUCCCCAGUAAUGGUAGUGAUAAAUUCACAUUAUCAAAGCUCGUUGCUGUUUUUGUCAGCAUCUUUGGGCUUGUACUCGUAGGCUUAUCAGACCUCACAAUAGAAGCCAACAGGGUACCAACAGGUAUCAUUUUGGCACUGGUCAGUGCCUUUUUCUAUGCAGCGUACUUAGUUUUUCUCAGAAGAAAAGUCGACCACGAAGAUAAAAUGGAUAUACCAAUGUUCUUUGGAUUUGUGGGGCUCUUCAAUCUGACCCUACUGUGGCCUUUAUUUUUUAUACUCCAUUAUGGACAUUGGGAAAAAUUUGAAUGGCCGGAUACUCACCAAUGGACAUUUUUAAUAAUCAAUGGACUAAUUGGUACUGUUUUAAGCGAAGUUCUGUGGCUGUGGGGGUGUUUCUUGACGUCUUCUCUCAUUGCAACAUUGGCCAUCAGUUUGACGAUGCCGAUGUCAAUGUUGGCAGACGUUUUAUUAAAAAAAGUCGAAUACCCGUAUAUGUUUUACUUGGGAACUAUUCCUAUGUUAAUAGCCUUUUUAACAGUUUCCCUUCUGACAUACUAUGAUAAUUGGGAUCCAGUCCUAGAAGUAGUUAAAAGAUUGUACACAUGGAUAUGUCGAAGGAGCAGAUCCUCAGAUAGAAUACAAGACUUGGAAGCAGAACAAACGGAAUCGUUGAUUUGUAUAAACAAUGGCGAGCAUGAAGCCUGAACUGACAAUAAAUAUAGUCUACUAUUAUCUUCCUAGCAUGGAUUAAGUUUUUCAAGAAAUUGAAGGUUUUUAUUUUUCAAGAAAACAAUUCCGAAUUUCUCAUUCCACUAUUGUCCUUUCACUUGCUUAGUACUGCCAAAUAACAUUGUUUGAUUAAAAAUUUAUCUAUCUUCGAAUACACUCAUGUAACUUUAUCAUUGAUGGUAACGUUCUUUUUCUCAUAUUCAUUCUAAGCUGUUUUCAAAUGUCCCUUGCCCUCGAUAUAUUUACUUGGUAUGAGAACGGGUAUAAUACAGUCUGACAAAAAAUCGGUCUUGAAAUAUUUUGCAAUUUGUUACAUAAGUACUAUUAAAGCCUCUUUACGUGCCUCCAUUAUAUUAUCAGCUGGCAACUGGCAGCUUUACCAAGCAAUGAAAAUAACGAUGAUCACUAGACAGUCUAAUACACUUCACAUGUUACUGUUUGAACACUGCAACAACUUAUCCACAAAUAAUUGAACUAGACACCUGGUGUUUUUGUAAACAUCAUGCAGUAUGGCUGAUCGUACUUAUGGUCCCAGGAGUUUGCUUUUGGAACAAUAGUUCUAUUGCUGUGGUUCGAUUACGUCACCUACUGUCAACCAUUAAGAUUCAAAAUUAUAUAAUAUACAAACAAGUUCAACUAAAGCUCAAUUUUUCAAAAAUUUGCAGUAGUGCUGGGGUACAAGUAGUAGAACUUUUAUCUGAAGCAUUCUUCUGUAUUAUUUCCAAAGUACGUUGCUGAUUAUUAAGAACAGGUUAUUUCAUGUAAUGAAAAGUUGUUGAUGGUGUUUUUGUAAAUCGGCAAACAAAAUCAAAACUCACGUGGAGCUAAAAAAUAUUUAUAUCGUGGGAUCACUUUGCACAGUAACAUACUCUUUUUGAAUACUUUUAUGACCCAACAAGUACCCUCAAUGAAGUCCUUGUGGGGUAUCACCUAUAAUAUUAAUAGUUGCUGCGAGCAACUAGAUCUAUCCUAAUGUUACAAAUUGUUGUGUAGUAUUGUACAAUUAUUGCAUUGGUUCAUAGUGUCGUUAUCGAAAAUUCAUCAAUCAUAAUUGCAAGGCAAUUCUCAUGUAAAUAAACACAUUUCACGCAGUAAUUUUGCCAAUACUUGAAUACAAAGAACUGUAGAGGUAUAAACUAUAUUUGUGAUAUCAUAUUCAUUGUAUAGACUGUUAAAUUCUUAUAGGCCUUAGGUCAAUUAUAUUACUUUGUUUGUUUACUAGAAUCUUUUACUUAUUGUUGAUAUUUGCCAUAUCUUUAGAUUUCGUUUAUGCUUGACAUAUGAUAUAAUUAAUUUUACAGUAGCCAUCAUAUAUGUAUGUUAUGUGGAGCCCAAAUUUAUUCAAAGCUCAGAUAAUUUCAUCCGAAAUUGAUGAGUGCAGUGAUACUCGAACCAGAGUAAUUAUUGAAAAGUAUAGAAAUGUCAUACACCUUCAAUUAUUAUUCCUGAUUAUACCAAAAUGAAUAAUUAAUUCUGCAUCAGUAACUGAUAUCACCAAUUUUUUGUACACUUAAUACAAUCCGACGUUUGGAAAGAACUAUUUUUGAUCAUAUAUAGUUAUAAAAGGUGGGGUAUGUUUUUCUAAGUUGCGAGCUUAGGAAAAAAAUAAUUAAAAAGAAAAACAGCCAAAUAUUUAAAGUAGGUACCUUAAAUUGUCUAAGACACUGUAAGUGAGAUAUUUCUAUAGUUUUAUUUCGGUCGAGGAACAAUAAACAUAAUUGGUUAUACUUCAGGACCAACAUAAAGUAAAUUUAUUGAACAUAAAAAAAAAUUGUAUAAAAUUUGGUAAACUAUUAAAGUGUAUUCGGCGAUUAUUGCAGAGUACUUAAAUGGCAAAGGAUAUUGGAAGUAUGUUUGAACAAGUCAGUGUAUUAUCAAUAUUUAGAAUUGAUAAAUAUACAGUAUUUCGCAUAAUGGAGUAUCUAGUCAUCACGAUUAUUAACUUUUAUACAUUGACACCAUGUAUUUUCGGUUACUUCAGAGAAAUUUUUUGUCAGAUAUGAUCUCUCGCACAACUAUACACAAUAAUUACCAAUUAUGAAUACCUGUUCGUAUAACUACCUUAUUAAAAUUGAAUUUAGUUGAUGCGCACAUUAUGCAUCUUCAUUGAUCGAAUUGAUGAUUACAUACUAAUAUCUGUACCUAUAUAUUGACAGUAAUUCAUCAAUUUUUCUUCAAACACAAAUGUAUUAUGUAUAUCUAUGUAUCUAUAAUCCCUGUGUAUAUACAUAAAUACUCAAAUAUUUGACACCGAACAGCGAAAUUAUUAUCGCAGCUAAGAUCCCCACAGUUUAGAGUCUGUUUGAUAAAAUAAUUAGUAAAACUAGCCGAAAUGUCACUGACGUACAAUGAUACUUGUUUUGAUACAAUUACAGUUCAAUUUUUAUUCGGUAUAUAGACCUUUUUCAAGAAAUUCAAUCAAAUAUUAUGUACUAGUUGGAUAUACCAUGAAAUGCCGUAAGGAAUUAGAAUCAUUGCUGCAAAAAUGCUAUAGCACUGAAAUCAGUCUGUGAAAUACAUAAUUUUCUCAGUUGAUUAAUGAAA